AUGGGGAGUUAUGGGUAUAGUUGGGGCAUGGAGAUUCUUGGUUAUUCUGCUGGCGGUGGCGAUGGAGUUACCGAGAAGUCGCACAACAACGUACCGCAUCCGGAACUCAUGGCCGCGUUUGCCUUGUUCAAUUUGUUGAAUGGGAUGCUACAUAAGCUAAAGCAUCCCGACGGUAGUCUUUCAAUUGCCAAUCAGAGUCUGUUUUCAUUCGCUUUGCUUUGCUUUCACUCUUCCGCCGGUUUAGAUCUUCUUUUGGCCAUAUUCAAUCUGCGACAAGGUCAUAUUAAUUUGUAUGUUCGAUUCCCUUACUUCUGA